CCCUCUCUUAAGGCCAGAACGGCAGCUGGAGAGAUUAGACAGGAGAGGACACACACAGCCAACACACAGCGAUACGACAAGCCAGGAUAGAUCCAGUUCAGACUGGAGUGGGACCUGUACUUCCCCCGGCUCGGAUCACCUCAACUGGACCCCUUAUGACCGUGGAUAGCAAACUCAAGUUGGACCUUUUGUUGGAUCUUCUAUAUCAAUAAACUACUUCAUUUUGGGCCUGGUUCACGUACAACUCUAGUGUUCCUGCGGUUCAAACGCUUCGGCCAUGAGCUGCUUCGGGUACCGCAGAGAGUUGAGUAAGUACGAAGAUGUCGAUGAGGACGAGCUUCUGGCUUCCCUCAGCCCCGAAGAGCUGGCCGAGUUGGAAAAGGAGCUGGUGGACAUCGAUCCUGACGCCAACGUGCCCAUAGGACUCAGACAGAAAGACCAGACGGACAAGACCCCGACGGGUACCUUCAGCAGAGAGGCCCUCAUGAAGUAUUGGGAAAAUGAGACCCAAAGAAUGCUUGAGGACGAGAUAGCUGGAGGAAGCCCCAAACUGGAUGAAGAACAAGAGGAGGCGUGUGUGACGGAAGAAAGCAGCGGAGAAGAGGAUGAAAAAGAUAUUGAAAACGAGAAAGAAGACAAGAAGGAGAAGGAAGAGGAAGAAGAGGAGGAGCAGGAAGAAGAAGAAGAAGAAGAAGAAGAAGAAGAAGCAGAAAGUGAGGAAGAAGCUGUAACAGAGGAGGAGGAGGAAGAGGAGGAGGAAGAAGAAGAAGAAGAUGAGGACGAGGAAGACAAUAAAAAAGUGGAACCUGAACCCUCAAAGGAUUCUGGGGUGCUGAGUUCACGGGCAGAGGCCCCAAUGCUACUGAAGCCACAGAGGGCGGAGCCUAUUCGACUGACUCCUCCCCCUCCACCUGCAGACCCGAACGCGAUGGGAAACCCGACCGUUGUUGACGAAGCUCUCCGACAAGCUCUGGACAACAGCCCUGAACUCACAGAGGUCAAUCUCAACAACAUUGAGGAUAUCUCUCAGGACACCCUUAUCCGCUUUGCUGAAGCGCUGAGGUCCAACACACACGUCCGGGUCUUCAGCCUGGCGAACACCCAUGCCGAUGACCCUGCGGCUCUGGCCAUCGCUAAGAUGCUGAGGGAGAACUCUUCCAUCACCAGUCUGAAUAUAGAGUCCAACUAUGUGACUGGGAAGGGCGUGAUGGCACUGGUUCAAGCUCUUCCUGGGAACAACACCCUGACCGAGCUCCGCUUCCACAAUCAGAGACACAUGUGUGGAGGACAGGUAGAGAUGGAGAUGGUGAAGAUACUGAGGGAAAACAACACCUUGAUCAAGCUGGGCUACCAGUUCAACCUUCCCGGUCCCAGGAUGAGCAUGACCGGGAUCCUCACCAGGAACCAGGACCGCCAGAGGCAGAAACGGAUGCAGGAGCAGAGGCUGCUGCAGCAGGGCCAACCAGGGGCGCCAGAGGGAGCUGGUUACCCCAGAACCAAUGCACUGAAAGGAACCUCAUCCCCUUACAGCUCACCCAGAGCCUCUCCUUGGUCCUCACCCAAACUUACCAGGAUCGACCUGGUUAAAAAACAAACUCCUCCACCUCCUCCACCACCACCUCCGCCACCUCCUCCUCCUCCUCCCCCACCUCCUCCCCCGCUGCCACAAGAGAAGAAGAAACCCACCAGGAUGAUUGCGGAGGUCAUCAAGGCGCACGAGGCGGGCGGAAAGAAGGCGAAGAAGACGAAAGGUAAGAAGGGCAAGAAGGGGAAGGAGGAGACGAGCAGCAUCCUGAAGGAGCUGAAGAACGCCCUGAGGCCGGUGUCGGUGGAGAGGAGAGGGGAGGAGGGCAGCAGGCCGUCCACGCCGAUGAGGUCAGCCCACGACCAGCUGAUGGAGUCCAUUCGGAACAGCACAGGACGCAGCCUGAAGCGGGUGGAAAUCCCACAUCACCUACGAUAAAACGAGCAGACGUACAGAGUCUGUUACAUCUGUCGGAGGCCACGCCGCCUAAUGAUGACACUGGAGGGAUGGAAACUCAAUAUGGGAUGUUAAGUAGGCAAAAACUGAAUUCUUACUCAAGAAAAAUAUAUAUAUUUACUGGAAAUUUGCACUGCAGUUAUAACUUUACAUGUUUGUUUUCUAAUGUAUUUAAACAUAGUUGGAAAUGAAUUGAUACGCUUUCUAAUUCAAAGUUUUCUUGUAAAAUUGUAAAUACGAUCUGUUGUUGGUUGAAUUAUUCCUUUCUUAAUAUAGCCAUGUGGUGUUUACAUUACUUCUU